ACUACAGUAAUUUUUAAACGGCUCGGACGAACCGGCCUCGUUGCCCCCGGUGCUGCCGAAACCCGGGUUUUGCGGACGGGCACCCGGAUAAUCGGAACAAAAAGCAACAGCGAGGCGGCCGCGUUGUGAACCUUGUGGAAAAACCGGAAAGCAGCGGAAAGCUGGAACAAUCCCGUUUCAACAACAGCAAUCACAGGCACAGCAGAUCGCUCGAAGGAUUUCUUCAAGCAUUUUCAUUGGAUUUACUGCUUCAGCAACAACAACAACAACAACAAUAAUCCUAACACAGACCACCGCCACUGUGCACAGCAAGUAAAAAAUGGUUAUGGAUGCGCAGCCAUCGCCGCAGAAUGUGGGCCGCGAGUUCGUGCGCCAAUACUAUACGCUGCUCAACAAGGCACCGGACCACCUACACCGGUUCUACAACAACUCUUCUAGCUUCGUGCACGGCGGGCUAGACUCGAAGCACCAGGAUACGGCACUGGUGAUCGGGCAAAAGCAGAUCCACGGCAAGAUCCAGCAGCUGAACUUCCGCGACUGUCAUGCCAAAAUCAGCCAGGUGGACGCGCAGGCCACGCUUGGCAAUGGGGUGGUGGUGCAGGUGACGGGCGAGCUCUCUAAUGAUGGUCAACCGAUGCGGCGCUUUACCCAAACGUUCGUUCUAGCAGCCCAGUCGCCGAAGAAGUACUACGUCCAUAAUGACAUCUUCCGGUAUCAAGACAUCUACGCGGACGAUGAUGCAGAUGAUGUGGAGAGGGCGAACGGCGACGAGGAAGGACCGGACGGCGGAAUGAACGAGUGCCUAACGGAACCGAAGCAUGGUCCGACGAGCAUCGGUGUUGGCGGGAUCCAACAGCAGCAGCAUACGCAGGUCCCUCCACAACAGCAGCAGCAGCAGCAACAGCCGCUCCAACCGAUAUACUAUCCACCGAAUGCCAUGGGCACUGGUGCGGGAUUACUACCCAACUAUGGAUCACCUGCUGCAGGUGGCCAACCUACGCCAACAUCGGCACAAACGAAUGUGGCACCACCUCUCCAGCAGCAAACAUUCUCACAGCCCCAGCAACAGCAGCAGCAAACGGCUCAGCAGCCCCAACUGAACGGACUUCACGAUGAUCUACUGAAAAGUGUAUCAUCCGGAACUGGAAGCCCGUUACUAGCGAGUAGCACGACGUCCACUGGCUCCUCUACACUGCAAUCGACCACCAUCGAUCCGUCUCUCUCCACUAUGAGUGUGCUCAACCAGAAACAGCCAAACCCAUCUCAAUCGCAAACGGCUAUGCAGCACGGGUUUCCUACCCAGCAGCACCCAUCUCGAAUAAUGGCCGGCGAGGCGGACGCAGUGAAACAUUCGCUCAAUCUCAACGAUCGCAGCAUUGCGAAUGAAGGCACGCUGCAGGGUUCAAACGCUGGCGGCAGCGGCAGUCUAUCCAACGAUCUUGACAACCAUCCGUCGCAGUCAGCUCAGCAAAACCAUAAGAACCAACAGCAGCAGCAGCAGCAGCAGCAGCAGCAGCCGGCCUCAAUUCCAAACCAGCCUUCCCAUUCGCAGCAGCCAGCUGGGCAUCAUGGUGGCUAUUUCGGUGGCAAGCAGCAGCAGCAGCUGCAACAGCAGUCCGUGCUACAGUCGAUAGAACCAAAAACCUAUGCAAAUUUGGUGAAGUCUGGUGUAGGAGCCGGUGGACUCACCUUUGCAUCCGCCAUCCAAGCAUCGCUCAACACGGCCGGACAAACGCAGCAAUUGCCGCUUCAACCCGCACAGCAGCAGCCGCAGCAACAGCAAACACUACAGCAGCAGGCAACACAACCUCACCACCAACAGCAACAACAGCAAAAUCAGGAACAGCAGGAGCAGCAUCCACAGGCACAAAACCAACAACCGCAGCAGCAGCAGCAGCAGAAGCCACAGCAACAGCAGCAACAAGGAAAGCAGCAGCUACCAGGACAGCAACAACUGUUACAACAACAGCAGAAGCAGCAGCAACAAAAACAGCAGCAACUGCCUCAUCAUCAUCAACAGCAGCAGCAAUUAAAACAACAACAGCAGCAGUCGCAGCAGCAACAGAAACAACAUCAACCGCAACAGCAGCAGCAGCAACAACAAACGAAACAACAGCAGCAAAAACAGCAGCAGCAACCGCAGCAUCAAAACCAGCAACAGCAGAGCCAAGGUCUGCAGCAGCAGCAGCAACAUCAGCAGCAGCAGCAGCAGCAGCAGCAGCAACAUCCGUCUUCAUACAUGCCGGGGAGCCGUGGCCAGCGAGAUGUUGGAGCGCCAGUGAUAUCGGGCAAUAGUGCUGCCGCACCUGCAACCAUGAGUGGCGUGCUCGGCGUCAACAACAAGUUCAAUCAUGACCGUCAGCAGCAGCAAGAUUCGAAUACGCUCGGCGCUGGACAACAGGGUGGUGCAAGUAUGGCUGUUCAGCCACAACAGCAGCGGCCACAGCGCUCGAUGCGCUCCAACGGUACCGGCGGCGUGGGCAGUGCUGGAGGUUUAAGACAACACGAUAAUCGUCUUUCCGGUGGCUACGGACGACAAAACUAUGACAGCGAGGAACGACGGCAAAGCUCGGCUGGCCAGUUUGGGGACAAUCAUCAAUUGUUUCUUGGUAACAUACCUCACCACGCCACGGAGGAAGAACUAAAGACACUUUUUAGCAAGUACGGCACGGUCGUUGAUCUGCGGAUCCUUUCCAAGACGGUGCAAAAGCUGCCGGGAGUCCGUACGCCACCGCAUUACGGUUUCAUCACCUACGAGGACCCGAGCUCGGUGCAAACGUGCCUAUCGCAUAUGCCCCUCUACUUCCCCGAUAAUUCUCCCGAUGGGCAGAAACUCAACGUCGAGGAGAAAAAGACUCGCGUCCGUGGGCCAAAUGACACAACGGGGGGUAGCGGUGUGGGCGGUGGGCGCCUCAAUGGCAGCGUAGGAAGCGUCGGCGGCUCAGGCUCAGCGGGCGGACGAGCGGGUGGGGGCGGUGGUGGUCAAUCGCGUGGCGGACCGUUGGGUGGGGGACAGGGCGUUAGCAGUAUGAACCGCGGUAGUGGUGGUGGGGGGCCACGAAAUCUAGGCAGCGGAGGAGGGGUCGGUAACAGUGGCCCGAACCGAAGCACUGGCGGCGCUGGAGGUGGCAAUGGCGGUGGAAGUAACAGUGGCGGUGGGGGCAGCUACGGCCAGCGGAACGAUCGCAGUAACGUGAACGCGCAACGUUCCGUCGGCAAUGCAUCGGGCAUCAGUAACCGUAGCUUUGGUUCUGGCUAUUAAUAGGCGACAAACAUUUCUAGCCGAUAGAAGCGAAUGAUUGAGUGUUGAUUGUGUUGCACAGGAACAGAUCGCAAAACAACGCGCUUGAAAACGGCGUACAGUAGGUAUUCGUGCGCAUUGCGUAUUUGUGUCUAGUGAUUUUUUUUCUUUUUAAAUGCAAAAAAAAUUGUCCAUGAAAAAAAAAGAAGGUCAAUAUGGGUGGUAGAACGAUGGUACAAGACACAGAAACACUGGAUGUAUCUCUUGCUAAGCCGUUCCGGCGGCUUAGUAGCGCUUAAUCAGGCAGUAAGAGAGCGGAAGACCACAAGAAACAAACAGAAAAGAAAACCUUGCAAACAUUGCUGAACACUAUUAGCGAUCGAGCCCAAACUCUGUCCUAGAUGAGAUAGUUGGUACAGCUUUCGAUAGCUUUUCCUUUCUUCCUUCCAAGGUUAUCCGACUCGCGGUGUUAGCAGGGAAUGAAACGUAAAGCAGAAAGGUGAAGAAUUCGGUAAAAAGACAAAGAGAAGCGAUUAACGGCUAUAGGGCAAAGAAUUAAGACGUAAUAAUUGUAGUGCAGAAGUAGUGUCAACAAAUUAAGGCAGAGAUUACCGUAACAGAAUGUGUCCUACAUUAAGAAUAUCCAUUUUUGAUACAAUUUUCCUACCGUGAAUGUGAGCUAUGGCGAUCACCGAGAUGGAGGGAAAGGCUACUUGCUCGUUUGCUAGCUCUGCUGAUCAGUUAGUUCAUUUCCUAAUAGUAGCUUACAUUUAUAAUUCACCCGAGCAUGCAUACACCUCUCACCAUACACGUACACUUCCGAGAACAACAAGCAUAUAAAAGUACGUCAUUCUCUAGGUAUUAUGGCAGGAUACAUAUGAGCGAAUCCCACACAAAAUGAGAUAAUUAUGUUUUUUACACAUCUUAAUUUAAGAUAGCAGCGCGUCCGUUUAACGUACAUGGAAGCCAAACGAAACAUUAUGGAAUAAAACAAAACUAUAGCUAGAAAUCUCGUAGAUAUACGAAAA